CUGAAGAUCCUGACAAUACAGGGCUCUGGGUAUAGCUGAGAUAUCUCAACUCUUUAUGUGAGGCAGAUUUUAGGGUAUUAAUAACACAUCAUGGCCAACUCAGUCCAAUCAAUAAGUCAAUCCAAACAGCAGAAUACUGUUCAGUCGAAAAUAUUGUCAUUGUGCAAAGAUGGAGGUGAGUUAUUGAAUCGGGAUGACAUAACUGGAGCCCUGACAGCAUUUAAGAAAGCCUUCAUUCUUUCCUGCAAGCUACCAGAAGAAAAAAUUCAGAAAGCAUGUUUAUUCAACCUUGGUGCCACUUACAUUUGUGUUGGUAAACCCAAGAAAGCUCUGAAGUGUCUCAUAAAAUCCAGAAUUAGUGGGAUGGAAGAGAGAGAUGGUGAUCUGUUUUUCAACAUAGGCGCUGCUUAUGAUGAAAUGAAAGAGUACGGCAAAGCUGUAAAGUUUUAUGAAAGGGCCAUCAAUGAGUAUGGUUAUGAUGAGCUCAAGAACAUUGCAGAUGCCCUCAUCAAGCUGGGCUACUGUUUUGUCAUGACUGGCAACCUUUCUUCUGCUUCACAUUCGUUCAGACUCGCAGGUCAAUCAUAUCUAAGAAAUCUGAAAUUGGAAGAUGCUGCUAUGGCCAUGAGAGAGGCGGCCAAAUACAUGAUAAAGAGUCAAGCGUUCUCCCAGACUGAAGUGCUCCAGACAUUGGAUUCUUGUGUCGGGUCACUAAAAGGUGUAUCUGACCAACAACUGCUUGGUAAGUGUAAUCUCUAUAUACAUGUUGGUGUGCAUUAUGCUGAACUAAAAUAUUUUAGCCAGGAAAAGUGUUUUACAGCAAGUUUGAACCUAUGCAAUGGAAAGCAAUUCUAUAGAAAGAUGGCCGUAUUACUCCAAAACCUAGGAGCUGUUGACAAUGCUCUUUACCAAUAUGAAAAAUCACUCAGGAGCCACGCAGAAGCAGUAGAUAUGUACGGAUCAUUGGGUGACAGGAGUGCUCAAGGACAAUGUCUCAGUAACUUGGCAUUUGCCUAUAGCCAGCUGAAAAACUAUGAUUUGGCAGAGUUUUACUAUCAGCAAGCAUAUCAAGCAUUUGUGGAUGCAGGUGACCUUCUACGACAGAGUAUUGUCAGUGAAGGGUUGGGUGCUACCUAUUUUUGCCUUGGAAAUCUGGAUCAAGCGAUUCACCACUACAAGCAAGCACUGACUCUGUCUGGAAAAUCAAAGGAAACAUCCGAUGUCAUGAGGGAGAGACUUUUAGAAAAACUUACAGACACCAUCGAAUAUAAAAUAUCUCAUCAACAAUCUGCAGUUUUGACUGACAGUGUUUCCAGGACAAGACCAGAUUUUAAAGAGUGACAUCACAAGUUCUGACAGCUCAAAUAAUGAGAAAGAGCUAAGACGCAAGCAGAAAAUUCACUCACCGGCUUCAAAAGUUCAACAUUUUCAAAGUAAUGAGCAAGACAUUUCAGAAAGUGAAUCCAUAUCCCAGUCUAACACGCUAAAGAAAAAUUCACUGUCUGAAUUCGAAGACAUUCCAGAAGAAAAUGAGGGGCACUCAAACUACAAUACAGAUCCCAUAACCCCAUAUAAAGAAAGGGAAGAAGAAAAAGAUACUUCAGAAUACUUCUUUAACUAUCAGAGAAUCUCACCGUAUCAAAGAGUUGGACUGAUCAAACAGAAAACCAGGUACAUUUCACAAAAAUCUGGAGUUGAAAGCUAUGAUCAUAGCUCUAAAACCAUAAGAGAUUAUUAAUUCAGAAAUAUAUAUAACCCUCAUAUUGUGUUUGGCAUCUACUGGGUUAACAGUGGAUUGUUUUACAUAUUGAUCAGACAU